AUGAAGCUGUGGUUCCUGCUCACUGCUGUGGUCAUCGGAACCCUGUGGUUGCCCGUGAAAGGACAGGCGGAGAGAGGUCGAGUGACCUGCACCAACCUCUAUGCUGCUGACAUCGUCUUCCUGCUGGAUGGAUCCUCCUCCAUUGGCCGAAACAACUUUCGAGAAGUCCGGGCCUUCAUGGAGGGGCUGGUGCUUCCCUUCACUGAGGUCAUAGGGGCUUCUGGUGUCCGAUUCAGUGUGGUGCAGUACAGCGAUGACCCACGGACUGAGUUUGGCCUGGAUACCUAUGGUUCUGGCAGUGAUGUGGUCCAAGCAGUGCGUGAGCUCACUUACAAGGGAGGAAACACUCGCACUGGGGCUGGAUUCAGACACAUUGCAGACCAUAUCUUUCUGCCUCAGCUUGCCCGGCCUGGUGUCCCCAAGGUUUGCAUCCUUAUCACUGAUGGAAAGUCUCAGGACCAGGUGGAGCCAGCAGCUCAGAGGCUGAAGAGGCAGGGAGUGAAGGUGUUUGCAGUGGGGAUCAAGAAUGCUGACCAGGGAGAGCUUCGAAGGGCAGCCUCAGAACCACCAGAUGUUUUCUUCUACUUCGUCAAUGACUUUAGCAUCCUCAGCACCCUGCUGCCCCUUGUGUCCCGUCGAGUCUGCACCACCACAGGGGGCACCCCCCAGAUCCUACCCUCAGAGGGCCCCCACUCUGGCCCCCGAGAUCUGGUGCUAUCACAGGCAACCAGUGAAUCCCUCUUGGCUGAAUGGACAGCAGCUAGUGGUCCUGUGAUCAGCUACAAGGUCCAGUAUGUCCCUCUCACUGGGCUAGGGCAGCCUGUGCCUGACCAGCGGCAGGAGGUGACUGUACCAGCAGGGGAGACAAGGGUCCGGCUGCAAGGCUUGCGGCCACAGACUGAAUACCAGGUGACAGUGGUUGCCCAGUAUGCCAACAGUGUUGGGGACGCUGUGAGUAGGACUGCCCAGACUGCUGCACUGGAGGGGCCCAUGAUCUCCAUCCAGAAUGCCACAGCUCAUACUCUCCUGGUGGCCUGGCGGGCUGUGGCUGGAGCCAGUGGUUAUCGAGUGACCUGGAGAAGUUUAGAGAGUGGGUCAUCCCAGCAGCUGGACAUUGGCCGAGGCCAAACAUCUGCCCUUCUAAAGGGCCUGAGCCCAGACACAGAAUAUGUGGUGACUGUGACCCCUCUGCAUGGCCGGACACCAGGGUCUUCUGCAUCACUGACAGCACGAACAGAGAUGGGCAUCAUUCAGAACUUGCAGACGGUCAUCUUGGGGCCCACAUCCAUCCAUGUAUUCUGGACCCACAUCCCUGAAGCCCAGGGAUAUAGGCUGGAAUGGAGACGAGUGAGCGGUUCAGAGCCAACACAGACAGUGGUGCUGCCCACGGAGGUGACUAGCUAUCAGGUUCAGGGGCUGCAGCCAGGCACUGAGUACCGGCUCACACUCUAUACCCUGUAUGAGGGCCGUGAAGUCGCCACACCUGCCACCAUCUCUCAGACUGGUAAGCUGGAACCGGCUCCUGGCCGAGUGUCCGAUUUACGAGUCGCUGAAGCCUCCCCAUCCAGGCGAUCGGUAAGAGUGGUCUGGAGCCCUGUGCCCAGUGUCUCUGGCUACCGUUUCGUGCUGCGCAACACACAAGAUGGCUCUGAGAAGACACAGAGGCUUCCUCCUGAGCAGACAAGCUUUGAGCUAGACAGAAUCCAGCCCGGUGUAAGCUAUGUAGUGCGUGUGUCAGCCCUGGCAGGAAAUCGAGAAGGCACUCCUGGCAUCCUCACUGUUCGGCUUGACCCGGAGCCCUUGCCCAGAGUUCCCAGAUUUCGAGUGGUAGCAUCUGAGCCAGGCCGGGUCCAGGUAUCCUGGGGGUCAGUCCCUGGAGCUAGUGGUUAUCGGCUAAGUUGGCGGCUGAGAGAUGGCCAUGAGUCUUCCAGGACCCUGACGGCAGACUCUACAUCCUUUGACAUUGUGGGACUUCGGCCAGGGGCCUCAUACCAAGUGUCAGUGUCUGCCCUACGGGGUGUUGACCAGGGCCCCCCCUCAGUCAUCACCAUCCACACAGAUUCUCCAGGGUCUGUGUCUGCCCUUCGUGUGAUUCAUGCUGGGAGCUCAUCUGUCCGGAUCACCUGGACCGGGGUCCCAGGAGCCACAGGCUAUAGGAUCUCUUGGCACUCAGGCAGAGGGCCAGAACAAUCCCAGCUGGUACCUGGGGACGCUUCAACAGCCCAACUCGAGGGGCUGGAACCAAACACAGACUACACAGUGCGAGUAACAGCCCAGGUGGGCAGCUUGGAAGGGCCUGCUGCAUCUGUGGCUGUGAGGACGGCCCCAGAGCCCGUAGGUGCUGUGUCCAGGCUCCAGAUUCUUGACUCAUCCAGUGACGUCGUACGUGUGACCUGGGUGGGAGUCCCUGGUGCCACUUCCUACAGGCUGGUGUGGGGAAGGAGAGAAGGCGGCCCAGAGAGCAGCCGGAUGCUCCCAGGAGACACGGACUCAGCUGAGAUUGGGGGCCUGGAGGGAGGGGUCAGUUAUACAGUCCGAGUGACCGCACUGAUCGGGAACCGCGAGGGGGCGCCCGUGAGCCUCACAGUGACCACACCCCCAGCAUCUCUUUCUGUCCCGGGCUCCUUUCGGCUCCAGCACAGUGAGGAGCGGGUACUGCGCCUGGCUUGGGAUCCUGUGCCCGGGUCGGGCGGGUUCCGGCUCCGUUGGCGGCCUGAAGGAGGCCCAGAGCAGUCCAGGGUCCUGGGCCCAGAAGUCAGCCGCUAUGACCUGGUAGGGUUGGAGCCAGGGACAUUGUACCAUGUGACCCUGAGCACUUUGGGUCCUUCUGGAUCCGGGGAGAGCACACCAGUGACCCUAUCUGUCCGAACUGGCCUUCCCUCCCUUACCACUGACCUUCGUACUGUGGAGACCUCAAUGGAUUCAGUGACACUGGCUUGGACCCCAGUUCCAGGGGCAUCUAGCUACAUCUUGUCUUGGAGACCACUUCCAGGCUCUGGCUACACUGCCCCUGGGUCCCAACAGACACUUCCAGGCUCCUUGCACUCCCAAAGAGUAACAGGACUGGAACCUGGCGUCUCCUACACCUUUUCCUUAACCCCCAUCCAAGGAAGUAGCCGAGGUCCUGAGGCUUCACUCACUCAACACAUUGGUUGCUCACAUGGCCGGGCGGAUGUUGUGUUCCUGGUCCAUGCCACUAGGGACAAUGAGCAUCACUCAGGUGUUGUGAAGUCUGCCCUCAGCCGCCUGGUAUCUGCUCUGGGGCCUCUUGGGCCAGAUGCUAUGCAGGUUGGGCUUGUAGCCUACAGUCACCGACCGUCCCCCCUGGUCCCCUUGAACGGCUCCUAUGAUCGAAACUCCAUCCUCCAGCGGAUCCAGGGCAUUCCCUACACAGAUCCGAGUGGAAACAAUCUUGGUGUCGCAAUCACUACGGCCUACAGGUACCUGUUGGGCCCUGGCAGCAGCGGGCGACGCUCCCACGUGCCAGGCUUGCUGGUGCUGGUGGUGGAUGGGCCUUCUGGGGACGAUGCCAUCAGUCCCGCUCGAGAGGCCCAGGCUGCAGGGCUCUCUGUGCUCGUCCUGGGCAUGCCUGGCGCCCAACCAGAGCAGCUGAGGCGUCUGGUGGCUGGCGUGGAUCCUGCCCCCGUCUUUAUGGCUGUGGACAGUGCCCGUAGCCUGGAGCAGGCAGUGGGCGGCUUGGCUACUGCUCUUUGCCAGGCAGCCUCUGGCACUCAGCCGAGGCCCUCGCCCUGCCCAUCACAGUGUCCAAAGGGCCAGAAAGGGGAGCCUGGAGCCACGGGCCAGAAAGGACAAGUUGGCCCCCCUGGAGACCCGGGCAGAAGCGGCCCUCCUGGACCUCAGGGGUUACCUGGAGGUGGUGAGAAGGGGGAGAGGGGGUUCCCCGGAGUAGAUGGGCGACCAGGCAGCCCUGGGAACCCUGGAAGUCCUGGUUUGACAGGCUCUCCUGGCCGACCUGGCCCUCGAGGGGAAGCGGGGGAACCAGGCCUGCCAGGGCAGAAGGGGGAGCCGGGGAAGCCUGGGUCUGUUACAGGAGGAGGGACAGGGCUGCCAGGCAAGAAGGGGGAGCCGGGUGUCCAGGGUGACAAGGGUGAGAGAGGAGAGCCGGGCCUUCCUGGACCAGGCAGUGGAGGUGUUGGAGGGGGUGACCCAGGGCUUCCGGGCCUCCCAGGAAAUCCAGGGCCCAUGGGUCCCCCUGGACUUCGUGGGGAGAAAGGAGACAAGGGCAAAGGCGAAGAUGGAUUUCCAGGGCUCCCAGGGCGACAAGGGAACCCAGGAGACAGAGGUCCUCGAGGACCACCAGGAGAACCAGGAAGCAAAGGAGACCCAGGCCAGCCAGGGUCAUUGGGGGAAGCUGGAGAGAAGGGUGAUCGGGGCUUCCCAGGUCCACCUGGGCUGCAGGGGGAGCCUGGCUUGUCAGGGAGAUCUGGAGCUGAGGGCCCAGAGGGACCUCCAGGACCAGCUGGUCGAAGGGGAGAGAAGGGAGAACCUGGAGAGCCUGGCAAACCUGGAGAGGUCGCAGGACUUGAUGGUGCUGGAGUGAAAGGAGAGAAGGGGAAUCUGGGCCCAGAGGGACCCCGAGGAGCUCCAGGACCCAAAGGGGAUCGGGGUCUACCUGGAGUUGGUGUUCCUGGGGAUCCUGGCCCCAAAGGAGAGCUUGGAGAUCGUGGUGCUAUUGGCCUCACAGGCAGAGCUGGGCCCAAGGGCGAGGUUGGGGCUUCUGGAGACAAAGGGGAGCCGGGACGACCAGGGCCUCCAGGACCCAUGGGCCCCCGAGGGAGAGAUGGCGGAACUGGAGAGAAGGGGGAUGAAGGCCCUGUGGGUGAGACAGGACUGCCUGGAAAGCCUGGAGACCGGGGUCUUCGGGGGGUCCCCGGCAUUCGGGGCCCACCUGGUGAGAAGGGAGACCAGGGUGAUCCCGGAGAGGAUGGACAAAAUGGCAGUCCAGGACUAACGGGUCCCAAAGGUGACCGUGGAGAACCGGGGCCACCAGGACCCCCUGGGAGAUUGGUGGAUUCAGGGCCUGGAAUUCCAGGGACUGGAGAGAAAGGAACAAAGGGGGAGGCCGGUGACCCUGGAGAGGAUGGGGCUCGGGGCCCCAAGGGUGAUGCUGGACCCCCAGGAUCUCCUGGGGAGAGGGGGACUGAAGGAUUACGAGGGCCCCCUGGACCCCGGGGAGAACCAGGUGACCGAGGCCCAGCUGGAGAGAAGGGUGAGCGGGGAACCCCUGGGUCUGAUGGUCGGAAUGGACUGGAUGGGAAGCCAGGAGCAGUAGGACCCCCUGGCCUGAGGGGUGACACUGGCAAAACUGGGGAGCCUGGAAGAGAUGGACUCCCAGGUUUGAGAGGAGAACAUGGACCCCCUGGACCUGCUGGGCUUCCUGGAGUGACUGGGAAGCCUGGAGAUGAUGGCAAACCAGGGCUGAAUGGGAAAAAUGGAGAGCCUGGAGACCCUGGAGAAGACGGGAGGAAGGGUGACAAGGGCGAAGCUGGAUCCCCUGGAAGAGAUGGUCGGGAUGGUUCCAAAGGUGAACGUGGAGAUGUAGGCACCCCAGGACUACAGGGACCCCCAGGACUCCCUGGCCCAGUUGGUCCCCCAGGCCAGGGGUUUCCAGGUGUAUCUGGGAGUCCAGGACCCAAGGGUGACCGAGGAGAAGCAGGAGCCAGAGGUGAACAGGGGCUCCCUGGCGAGCGUGGCUUGAAAGGGGAAUCGGGCUCUGUGACGAACCUAGAACAAUCCCUGGAGUCCCUUGGCAUCAAGGUGUCUACCCUUCGACAAAUUGUGCGAGAGGGCUCAGAGGACUUCUAUGGCUUCCCUGACCGUUUCCGAGGUCAGAAAGGGGAGCCUGGAGAGCGUGGCCCAAUGGGCAAGGAGGGGCCUGUCGGCUUGACUGGAGAACGAGGCUCGAAGGGGGACAGAGGAGACACGGGCCCCCAAGGACCUCCAGGCCAGGCUCUUAUAGAGAGAGGAGCUUCUGGUCCCCCCGGUCAGCCUGGGGAACCAGGCAAACCUGGUAUCCCUGGGCUCCCAGGCCGAGCAGGAGAGCUGGGUGAGGCUGGACGGCCGGGGGAGAGGGGUGAGCGUGGAGAGAAAGGAGAUCGUGGAGAACAAGGCAGAGAUGGGUUACCAGGGCCUCCUGGACCCCCUGGGCCAAAGGUUGACAUGGAAGGGACACUUUCUGGAAUCUCUGGAGAGCCCGGUCCCCCCGGGCUCAGAGGAGCUAAGGGUGAACCAGGCAGAGACGGUGAACGAGGCCCCAAAGGAGACAAGGGAGAGCACGGAGCCAAGGGCGAUCGUGGAGAGGUUGGAGAGAAGGGCCGAGAUGGCAGCCCGGGCCCUUCUGGAGAGCGGGGACCGCCAGGGCUAGAAGGAAAGCCGGGCAACCAGGGGGACCCUGGACCACAUGGUGUCCCGGGACUUGCUGGCCCUCCGGGACCUCAGGGUCCAUCUGGCUUGAAGGGGGAGCCUGGUGAGCCUGGACCACCUGGGCGGGGCCUGCCUGGUCCCCCGGGGGUUGUGGGUCUUCCUGGCCCCCCAGGUUCCUCUGGCCUCGUGGGUCCCCAGGGUGCACCGGGUUUGCCAGGCCAAGUGGGGGAGACAGGGAAGCCUGGAGUGACGGGCCGGGAUGGCAAAGAUGGAGAAAGGGGAGCUCCUGGUGUCCCGGGACCACCUGGCCUGUCCGGCCCUGUUGGACCCAAAGGGGAGCCUGGAGCUACAGGACUCCCAGGACAGGCUGUGGUUGGGCCUCCUGGUAUGAAGGGUGAGAAGGGAGCCCCUGGAGGCCUUGCUGGAGACCUGGUGGGAGAACCUGGAUCUAAAGGAGACCGAGGACUUCCUGGGCCUCGAGGAGAGAAGGGUGAGGCUGGACAACCUGGAGAACCUGGAGACCCUGGAGAAGAUGGCCGGAAAGGGGCAGCAGGACUCAGGGGGGAAAAGGGCUCCAUGGGCAUUGGGAUUCAGGGCCCCCCUGGAUCAGAUGGGCCUCCAGGCCUGAAGGGAGACUCAGGCCUUCCAGGUCCUCCUGGACCCCCAGGAGCACCAGGUGUUGUAGGAUUCCCUGGACAUGCAGGCCCCAGAGGAGAGCCUGGGCAGCCGGGCCCUUCUGGAGAGCGGGGUUUGAUGGGUUCCCCUGGGAAAGAAGGAGCCCCAGGGCCUUCUGGGCUCCCAGGACCAACUGGGGCAUCGGGAGCACCUGGGACCUCUGGACCCAAAGGAGACAAGGGAGAUCCUGGAGUGGGGCAGCCAGGAGCCCGAGGAGAGAGAGGGGAUCCAGGCAUCCGGGGUGAAAAUGGCCGUCCUGGUCUGGAGGGAGACAGAGGCCCAGCAGGCCCUCCAGGGAACCGGGGAGAACGAGGGGACAAGGGUGAUGUGGGAGCCCCUGGACUAAAGGGUGACAAGGGUGAUACAGCUGUGAUGGAGGGGCCUCCUGGACCUCGAGGCCCCAAGGGAGAGACAGGUGACCGAGGCCUGAGAGGCUUAGAUGGUGACAAAGGAGCUAGAGGGGAAAUUGGCCUUCCUGGGGAAAAGGGCGUGAAGGGAGAACUGGGAGACAGAGGCUCUCCUGGCUCCCAGGGUGUUCGAGGUCCCAUGGGGCAGAAGGGCGAGUCUGGUGACCCAGGGAUCCCCGGGGCAUUGGGCCUCUCUGGGAAGGAUGGAGUUCCCGGUAUCCCUGGUGAGAAGGGAGAGGCCGGCUAUAUGGGCCCUCGAGGUCCCAAGGGAGAUCGGGGCCUGAAAGGGGCCUGUGGCCAAGACGGGGAGAAGGGGGACAAGGGGGAAGCAGGUCUCCAUGGACGACCUGGACUCCCUGGACGGAAAGGAGAGAUGGGGGAGAUGGGGCUACCAGGCCUGUCUGGGCACCCAGGAAAGGAAGGUUUGAUUGGUCCCAAGGGUGACCGAGGUUUUGAUGGUCAACAAGGACCCAAGGGUGACCAGGGCGAGAAAGGGGAGAGGGGAGCUCCUGGUGUUGGGGGAAUCCAAGGCCCCAGGGGCAGUGAUGGAGCCUCAGGACCCCCUGGGCCUCCAGGCAGCACGGGCCCUAAAGGUCCUGAGGGCAUCCAGGGGCAAAAGGGCGAGAGGGGUCCCCCUGGGGAGAGUGUGGUGGGUACCCGCGGGGCCCCUGGAAUCCCUGGAGAGCGAGGGGAGCAGGGGAGCAUAGGCCCAGUGGGCCCCCGAGGAGAGAAAGGGGAAGCAUCUAUGACGGAAUCUGACAUCCGAAGCUUCAUUCGGCAAGAGAUGAGCCAGCAUUGCGCCUGUGGGGGUCAGUUUAUCUCUUCUGGAUCAAGACCCCUUCCCAGUUACUCCGCAGACACCCCGGGCCCUGGGCCCUGGCCUCGUCCAGUACCUGUGCUGAGGCUCUCCCAUGCUGAGGAGGAAGGGCCGGGGCCUCCAGAAGAUGACGAGUACUCCCUGGAGGAUUACGAGGACACGGAGGGCGAUGCCACCGAGGAGCCCUGGGCUGCUCAUGGUGUGUGCUCUCUGCCGAUGGAUGAGGGCUCUUGUUCCAGUUACACCCUACGAUGGUAUCACCGCCCUGGCAGGGGCUGUCAUCCCUUUGUGUUUGGUGGCUGUGAGGGCAAUGCCAACCGCUUCAGUUCCCGGGAGGACUGUGAACGACAAUGUCUCCCCCACGGAGGCCCAGGUGCUCCCCCUGUCUCCCAGAGAUGAGGUGUCAGAAUGGACAGAGUGUCUGAGUCAGGCACUGGUCCCUGCCCCCUGCUGAGGGGGAGUGAGCACUCAGCGGACCCAGGACCCCUGGAGGGGUAAUAGGGGGUUGCAGAAGGGCCUGGAAGCCCACCCCUACCCCCCACAUCCCACUUUAAUUCCCUCAGAUGGGACUGGAUGGGAACUUGGUGCUACAUGGGUGUGUGCGUGUGUGUGUCUGUUGAUUUCCGUGAAACUGUAUCCAGGGGGCGGGCCAGGGGUCCCCGGCCCCCUCCUUCCAGAAUUCUUCCUCCCCCUCGAUUCCUGCCCCUGUCCUCCAGGCCCAAAUGAUUUGGGGGACGAGGGCAGGUGGUGCUAACAGAGCUGACCUCCAAUGGACUGUCUGUCUGUCUGGCCCCUGCUUCGCUGCUGGCUCUGAUGGUGCUGACCCAGGUCAAGGACCGGGGACGUGGGGAAGGGGUAGCCGCUGGCUCUGCUCUCUCCCCCGGUUGGCUCUUUGGUCCCAGACUGGGGUAUAUUCUGGAAUCAUUAAAGCUGCUG